AUGGAAGUACCUGAGUCAUCAGGUCGGCGGAUUCGGUGGAGAACCUCAGUCGUCGGAGUCGCGGGGGUCACGGCGAAUCGGGAGAGGAGGUUGAGUGGCGUGUUGUGGCUUGGGGGAUGGAUUGCGACGCUGGGUGGGUUAGAGGGGUGGGGAAGGCGAUCAGCCAAUUACCAACCUUCCAUUUGGCCCCAUGAUUAUGAUCAAUCACUUACCAGUAACUAUGUGGGAGAACCGUUUACCAAACAUGUUGAAGAGCUUAAGGAAGAAGUUAAGCUGAUGCUUCAUUCCGUGGAUCCUUUACAUCAACUAGAGCUCAUCGAUGACUUGGGAAGACUUGGAGUAUCUUAUCACUUUCAGGAUGAAAUAAAGAGAAUCCUAAGUGAGAUACACAACAAUAAUUCCAGCUAUUAUAAGCAAAGAAAAGAAAGUUUACAUGCAGUAGCUCUUGAAUUUAGACUUUUAAGACAACAUGGCUAUGAUAUACCUGCAGAAAUUUUCGACAAUUUCAGGGAUGAGAAAGGAAAUGAUAAGGUUUGGGAUAGAAUCUGUUUAUAUGAGGAACAGAGACCUCCAAGAACAAGAGAUAGAAAGACUAAUUGA